AUGGGCGAUAUGAGGUCCACGCUACCGGGCUACAAUCAGCCUCCUAUGCAAUCACCUUACGUUCCUGCUGCGAUUCACCCGCAUGGCGUUUUAUAUCCUUUGCAACCAUUACCCUCGUUUGCCGACUCCACAUCGGGCAGGACUGUCUCUUAUAAUGCUCACUAUUCCCAAAUGUACAUACCUUUCGCUCAGCAGCCGCAGCACCAACAACAGCAGCAUCAACAUCAUCAUCAGAGUUCUUCUCUCCAGCAUGGCAUUCCCGAUUAUCAGCUGUUCGUGCCGAACAUGACCGCACCCUCCAACGUCCCUCUUUCGAGCCAAACUAUUGUUUUUGGGCUUGGUUAUUAUCCUCAGCACAUCUAUACAGCGGCGGUUGGACACGGUCAAGGUCCACCGGGCCCCUCGAUUUACUUGCCUCCCAGUAGUCCAUAUCACAACACAUCAGGGCUAGCUGCCCAAGUGCCCUCCAGCUUGCCAAGAGAAGGCCAGCAAAAGUCCCCCACAGCGAAGUAUGAUGUUUCCAGAACCAUCGUUGAUGGCUCAACACCCAUGAGACCGACAACCGCCCAGAUUAUCGCAACAGACUCGUCUCUACCACCAGCCACGUUAGGGUCUGGUACUCCUUGGGGACCUCCUCGGAAGCCCAAGCAGUCCGGCCAUGCUCUUUGGGUCGGGAAUCUUCCCGCUGGGACAAACGUCGUGGAUCUUAAGGAUCACUUCUCUCAAGGCGCUACGAAGGACAUCCAAAGUGUAUUUCUCAUAUCGAAGAGUAAUUGCGCGUUCAUCAAUUACAAAACAGAAUCUGCCUGCGUCGCUGCCUUGUCUCGCUUUCAUGACUCCAGGUUUCACGGGGUGAGGCUCGUUUGUCGCCUACGGCGAGGGUUGGCCUCUCCUGGGAAGACGUCCAAUAUCGGCUCCUCAAGCACAUCGCCUGUGAACGAACACAGUGCUUCAAAGCUGUUAGACAGCAACCCAGAGAUUGAAGAAACUUUGGAGACACGUCCUGUCCAUGGAAGGCACGCAAAUCUAAGGCUACCUAACAGGUACUUCAUAGUCAAGAGUCUCACGGUCGGCGACUUGGAAUUAAGUAGACAAAGCGGAAUCUGGGCAACCCAAAGCCAUAACGAGGAUAAUCUCAAUCGGGCUUAUGAAAGUGCCUUCAAUGUUUAUUUAAUAUUCUCCGCCAACAAGUCCGGAGAGUACUAUGGAUAUGCUCGCAUGAUGUCGCCGAUCAAGGAAGAUGAAACCUUAGCUCUGGAGAUGCCCGUGCGACCUGACCAUGGUCCUCCUGAGCCAGAGGAAUUGCACGUGAUUUCAACUCAAGCUACAGCCACCGCGCCAACCGGACGAAUCAUAGAUGACUCUUCACGAGGAACCAUAUUCUGGGAAGCGGAUUCAUCCGAGGAGGAUGGUGAUGAUGGUGAUGAUGGCGGUGGUGGUGGUGACGAUGACAGUGGCGAGGGGAAGGAGGAAGGGAAGGGGGAUGAGAAUAGUGAUGAGGACGAGAUUGGGGGUGGGAACGAAAAGAGCGCUGCAGAAUUAGUCGAAGAAGCUGCCGAGUCGGGAUUUCAGUCGAUAGGAAGGCCGUUCCGGGUCCAAUGGCUUUCAACAGAACGGGUUCCAUUCCAUCGCACCCGAGGUCUUCGCAAUCCGUGGAAUGCAAACCGCGAAGUCAAGAUUGCCCGGGAUGGCACUGAAAUCGAGCCGAGUGUCGGCGAGACGCUGAUUCGGUUAUUCCACACGCAACACCCAAGCCACGGGUUUCCGGCAUAUCACACUUCGCUACCCAACUAA